AUGAUAUGGAUAAUAUCAACUCUAUUGCUACUCCCUUACAUAGAAGGACAAUCUUCUAUUGGAAAUCGCUGUUCCUUCACACAACAAUGUGGCCCCGGAGCAUUUUGUUAUGAAAAUGUCUGUCGAAAGGAUGGAUGCACUCUAUCAAGUCAUUGUCAAAUAGGAGAGCUAUGCCAAUAUGGGAUGGUUAAUGGACAACGUAGACCAGCUUGUUUCCCCGCUAGCAUUGACAAGGAAACAACCGAAGAGUAUUGUCCUGGCGGUGGAGCUGUUGUGGUGGGCUUUGAUGGAAAACUAACAACAUGCGAUUUGUUAAAAGCCUGCAGCAAUGGUCACGUUUGUAACCCCCAAUUUGGAAUUUGUUGUACAAAGCUACGCACAUGUCCCCGACCUUCGAAAACAAUGCUGAAUGCGGUUACUGGACAACCGAUCAUGUGCCAAAUCAAAUUCGGAAGAGUAAUGCCAUGUCCUGGUGAAGGUAGCUGUGAAACAAAGACUGGAUUCUGCUGCAUUAAAGGCCCACAAACGAAUACAAGCACAGCAGUUUCUUCUCGUCCAUACAGAGGACAGACCUGCUCGACUCAAGUCGGAUGUGAUGGGGGUGCUGCUUGCAUUUGCAGCAAUUCAAGGGUUUGUCGAUGUGAAUGCUCAACGGAACUUGGAUAUACGAUCAGCUCAGAUGGACGAUCAUGUGUUCGCCAAAGACGACGACUGAAGGAGAAAUGUAAAACAGAUAUGGAAUGCUCAGCUGCUUUCUCAGAGUGCUCAACGGGAGGUUGUCGAUGUAAAACAGGAUUCCAACGAGAUGGUGAUGGUGGUUGCAAGCCUAUCAGUUAUCGCUGUCCAGCUGGAUUACCUCUUACCAAGAAGGAAGAAGUUGUGAAGUGCAGUUUGAGUAAGAAGUUGAUGACUUCAUUCAAAAGUUUGAAAACGGCUUCGAAAACAAAAAACGAGACGACUGAGGAAUCAGCAGCUAUCAAUAGCACUUUCUCUGACUAUGUGGCUGAUGAUUGCCCUCAGGGAAACUACUGUGUUCCAACAUUCGAUGACUCUGCAAAUCCUGGGUUCUAUCAAGGAUUCUGCUGUCCUUCUCCUAAUGAUAUUCGCCCAAUUUGCCCUGUUGGAAUAGCCCAUGAGACAAGCUUCUAUCCAGACUAUGGAUGUGCUGAAUGCCCGAAUGAUUACUAUUGUCAUCAGGAUCGAAUGGCAACUAAGAAAUCUAUUUGUUGUCCCAAGCCGUGUGUAUCAUUAGAAGAUGUUUUCCAUGACGGGCAAUGCUAUCCAAUUGCAUAUUAUGGAGAUAGUUGUCAGAUCUCUGCUCAAUGCUCAUUCUUCAAAGCUUCCACGAAUCCUUUAGCUGACAUCUCGAACCUUGAGUGUUCUAGUGGAAUUUGUACCUGUCCAGCUGGCUACAGCCAUUCAGAAGGAUCAUGUCAAAGAGUGAUGUGUACUGUUGGUCUUCGAGGAGAACCUUCUGUUGAUAGAAACAAUCAACUCAUCCGAUGCUCCAGCUCAUCGGAUUGCAGCCAAGGCCAUAUGUGUGAUCCAAAUGGCAAAGUUUGCUGCCGAGGAACAAACAGAUGUCCCAAACAAUUCGUGGAAACCGGAGAGCUCUGUACCGAUACAGGAAGCUGUAAAAACCCAGGAGAAAUGUGCUAUUGGCCAAAAACAGGAAAAGUCAAAGUCUGCUGUACCCAUGAUGAGUCCAGUAACUGA